CCUAAACCUAAUCAAAAGGUACUUGAUGCCCAACGACAUCGAAACAUCAAACUCUCAAAGGACCCCCAUCCGCGGAAUUACAGGUCCUUCUUAAUCUAGCUGGCUGUCAUUAUGCCACCAAAGCAACGCAAGAUUGCCAUCGUGGGCAGCAGAUCCGUGGGCAAAUCCUCGCUCACGGUUCAAUUCGUCGAUGGCCAUUUUGUUGAGAGCUACUACCCCACGAUAGAGAAUACCUUCUCGAAAGUCAUCAAGUACAAGAAUCUCGAAUACGCCACCGAGAUUGUCGACACGGCGGGUCAAGAUGAAUACAGUAUCUUGAACUCAAAGCAUUUUAUUGGGAUCCAUGGGUACAUGCUUGUGUACUCGGUAGCCUCGACGCAAUCUUUUGAGAUGGUGCAGGUUAUCAGGGAUAAAAUCUUAAAUCACCUUGGCUCGGAUUGGGUUCCCAUUGUGAUCGUUGGCAACAAGAGUGACUUGCGUCCAGAUCAACGUCAAGUCUCGGUGGAAGAGGGCAAGGCGUUAGCAGAGAAGUUUAAUUGUGCUUACACUGAAGCUAGUGCAAGGUACAAUGAGAAUGUUACCAAGGCCUUCGAAAUGAUGAUCGGACAGAUUGAGAAGUCACAGAAUCCGAAUGAGCCCACAGGAGGAAACAAAUGCGAGAUCAUAGCAGACCUACUACCCACCAUGCUCGACGUUUCUGAUUUCAUUGUCGAGAAAGGCGGCAAUCCCGAGUCAAUCAAGAAGUCUCAGCGACGCCGCUAUGCCUCUGAGGCAGCGGUGGACGAAGUGAUCGCGCUUUACGAAGACCACCGCAGAACUCAAUAUGCCGCGACACAAGUCAAUACAAGAAUCAACGAGGUUCAAAAACAAAUUGGCGCGAAGAAGAAAGCAAAGGAAAAUGCGGAUGAUUUGAUGAAGCAAAAGGUCGAGUUUGAGAAGGAGAAGAAGGCAUUGGUGGAGUCUGCCGCAGAGAAGGAUUUGACAUUGAAGAAAAAGAUUGGUACUAUUGGCAAUAUCGUCCACGAAUCUGUACCAGUCAAUGACAACGAGGACUUCAACGAACUACAGCGAACUUGGGCACCCGAGGGAGUCAAGGUUGAAAAGCGUGAUGUCCUUUCCCACCACGAGGUUCUGACGAGAUUGGACGGUUAUGACCCAGAACGAGGAGUCAAGGUCGUUGGGCACCGCGGAUACUUCCUGCGCAAAUGGGGUGUAUUUCUGAACCAAGCCUUAAUCAACUAUGGUCUAGAGUUUCUUGACGCAAAAGGAUACACACCACUGCAAACACCACAAUUCAUGCUGAAGGAGUACAUGGCAAAGACGGCACAGUUGGAGCAAUUCGACGAGGAGCUUUACAAGGUCAUUGAUGGAGACGCGCAGAACGACAAAUACCUCAUUGCAACUUCUGAACAGCCCAUCUCCGCUUUCCAUGCUGAUGAGUGGUUAGUGAACAAGGAUUUGCCCAUCAGAUAUGCUGGUUUCAGCUCUUGCUACCGGAGAGAGGCUGGCUCACAUGGACGAGAUGCAUGGGGAAUCUUCCGUGUUCAUCAAUUUGAGAAAAUCGAACAAUUCGUCCUUACAAAUCCCGAGAAAUCAUGGGAGAUGUUCGACAGCAUGAUUGCUGUCUCCGAAGAAUUCUACCAAUCUCUUGGACUUCCCUACCGAGUUGUCGCCAUCGUUUCUGGAGCUUUGAACAAUGCCGCAGCAAAGAAGUUUGAUCUUGAAGCCUGGUUUCCUUUCCAAGGGGAGUACAAAGAGCUAGUCUCUUGCUCCAAUUGCACAGAUUAUCAAUCUCGAGCUCUCGAAAUCAGAUUUGGUGCCAAGUUGCAGACGGAGAUCAAAAAGAAGUAUGUCCAUGCAUUGAAUUCAACUCUUUGCGCUACCGAAAGAGCUCUCUGCUGUCUACUAGAAAACUUCCAGACCGAAGAGGGCUUCAAUGUUCCAGAGCCACUUCGGAAAUAUCUCCCUGGCGCACCGGAAUUCAUCCCGUUCACCAAGGAGCUACCAAAGGAUUCGACUUCUCAGAAGACCAAGGGAAAGGCGGGUGACAAGGCAUCAAAACCUAAGGUUGCGCCUGUUGGCGAGGGAGCGACAGCAGCAACAGAUAAGUUGAAGGAUCUCAAGGUCUGAAGGUAGCGAGCAGAGGGAAGUGAAGAAAACUUCGUGUAUUUGAGUCAAGCCUGAAGUUGAUGGCUGGAGUUGAGGAACAAAUCUUCGGCCAUGAAAUGAAGAUAGAUCAAGACUUAUACUGUAGACUUUUGCUCACAGUAGAAAAGCGAGCGAAAUGAAUACGAUUCACAAGUACUUG